AUGGCGACAUUCACGACGGACGCCAGCAACGAGGAACCGAUAGUCCAUCCCUCGAACGGUUCGACCUCAAGCCAAUCCACAGGCAGCCUGAAGCGGUCCAGCCCGCACGACGACAACGAGGACGGCGACGGCAACGGCGAAUGGCAGACCAUUGAGCACGGCCGACCAGUCAAGAAGAAACACAAAAAGAUCCCCGGCGCCAGGUCGAACCGCUACCCGGGCAUCGACUUCUCGCAGCAGCACGCGCGGCUGCAGGCCAAGAUCAACGUCUCCAACCUGCGCGAUCUGAUCCUGUACAUCUUCGCCGACGGCCCGGCGCCGCAAUGGGUCUCGGUCAAGCACCGGCCUGAGUUCCGCAAGAUUGUCACGAUCAUGGUGCCGGGCUUGGAAGAGACUAUGUUCCGGCCGGAUGUCGAUUUCGCGACGUAUAAUAAUGAUAAUAGUAAUAAUACCGACAACAACAACAACCGGGAGGUGGCGCCGCCCGACGACUACUACCCGCGCGAGCUCACCAAGGAAGGGCUGCCCGAAGCGUUGCGGCCGUUUGCGGAUAUGUUCCCGCUGUUGUGGCCCGUCAGGGCGCCCGGCGACGACAAGUACGGGAAACUGCACUCGCCCGUGCAGGCCAUGCUCACGGUGCCCGCGAAGGAGAAAAAAGCCGGCGUCAAGCCCGUGUCGGACCCGCACGGGUGGAAGGAUGUGAGGACGCGGAUCACCGAGUUUCUGGCCACGCCCGAAGAGCUGGUCGAGAACGGGUUUCCCAAGCACCCGGCCUUCCUGCGGGGCGGAGAGCGGGAUUCGUUCCGCGAUCCAGAGGGCUGGGUUCAUACGCGGGUUGAGUCGUUAACGGAUGGGGACGUUCCCGAGGCCGAGAUCGAGCAGGGCAGCAUCACGGCCGGCCGCCGGAUCUUGGCGCUCGACUGCGAGAUGUGCAUGACGGGGGAGGCCGAGUAUUCGCUCACCCGUAUCAGCCUGGUCGCCUGGGACGGCGAGGUGGUGCUGGACGAGCUCGUCAAACCGGACAAGCCCAUCAUCAACUACGUCACGCAGUUCUCAGGCAUCACCAAAGAGAUGCUCGACCCCGUCACCACCACCCUCAAGGACAUCCAAACCAAACUCCUCGACACCCUCGACCGCCACGCCAUCCUCGUCGGCCACUCCCUUGACUCCGACCUCAAAGCCAUGAAACUCGCCCACCCCUUCAUCGUCGACACCUCCCUCCUCUUCCCCCACCCGCGCGGACCCCCUCUCAAAUCUUCCCUCAAAUUCCUCGCCCUCAAGUACCUCAACCGCGAAGUCCAAAAGGGCGACGGCACCAUCCACGGCCACGACAGCAUCGAAGACGCCAAGACCUGUCUCGACCUCGUCAAGAAAAAAUGCGAAAAGGGCAAAGCCUGGGCGGCCGGCGAGAACCAAGGCGAGAACCUCUUCAAGCGUCUCGCCCGGGCAGGCACCGCCUACCGCGCCACCGCCGGUCCACAAGCCACAGGCGGUGUAUCCAACGGCAAGACCAGCGCCGCCAUCGACUGGGGCGACGCCACGCGCAGUGCGUGCAAUGCAGCGACCGUCACCAUCUCCUGCUCGUCUGACGCAGAGGUCGAAGCGGGUAUCAUCCGCGCCGUGCAGGGCGACCCAGACGGUCUGGAAGUACCUGGCGGGGGUGUCGAUUUCGUCUGGGCCCGCAUGCGCGAACUCGAAGCCCUCCAGGGCUGGUGGAAUCGAAACAAACUCACUGACCCUUUGUCUUCGGGCGCACCACCACCCGUUGUGAACCCUAACCCUACCACACCACCCCCCGACUCCGACUCCCCAACCUCCCCCCCCUUAUCAUCAUCAUCCCCCCUCAACACCGCCCUCCAAACCCUCACAACCCGCCUCCAAAAAAUCCACGCCGCCCUCCCCCCCUGCACAGCAUUCAUCCUCCUCAGCGGCACCGGUGAUCCGCGGGAGAUGAGUCGACUGCAGGCGGUGCAGCAACAGUUUCGGAAGGAGUAUAAUAGUCCUGAUAGUAAAUGGGAUCGGUUGAGUGUGCAGUGGACUGACGUGGAGGAGCAGGCGUUGAGACGGGCGGUUAGGGUGGCGAGGGCGGGGGUGGGGUUUGUUGGUGUUAAAUAG